AUGAUGAGGGAAAAUGAGAAUCACUUGUUCAAAUGGGUUGAUGAAGCUCUCUUAGAAGAAAUUAGGAUGGUCGAGGAGAAGUGUAAGUUAGUUGCAGAGGAUGUCAAUGCUUUGAGGAUGGAAGUGAUGGGUACUAUGAAGCUCCAAAACGAAAACUUCAAGAAAAUGGAGGAGAAAAUGGAGGAUGUGAUGAGUAAGAAGAUAGAAGGUGAAGUGAAGAUCAUGAAGGAGAAUGUGGAGGAGCUGGGUCAUGUUAUGGCUAAGUCAGCUUUGAAGACAGUAGGUGUUGCUUCUGUUAUUCUUUGCUCAAUUGUAUGGCUAUGGGGAAGAGUGUAG